AUGGCUUUGUUUGUAGGGCUGAUGAUGCUUGUGCCGACUUCAAAGCCAGCGUUUGCGGGCACCAUCCCCAGCGCAGCGCACGCCAGUGUGACCAGGCCAGGGGAUGUUAUCCUUGGGGCCAGUUUUCCGAUUCACCGCUGGUCCUCCGGAGCACCGUGCAGUGCAGGAUUGUACAGCUGGGGGAUCGAAUUGAGCGCCAUUAUGAUGUUUGCAAUCGAGCAGAUCAACGACCGGGAGGAUCUCUUGCCAAAUGUCACCAUCGGCUACGACAUUCGCGACAACUGUUACUCAGAGACUCUGUCGCUGUGGACCGCAUUCAGUCUGGCUAGCACGUCGGAGAGACCCCAAGAGGAUGUCCAGUUCCCAAAUAUCAGCCCGCCAGACAACGGCAGUCUACUGUGCAUCAUAGGUACGCAAACGAGCGCAACUACCAUUCCGACAGCUCAGGCAGCUAGCUUGUACAGCAUCCCCGUUAUCUCCCCGUUCGCAACGAGCAAUGAACUGAGCGACAAGCGCAGGUUCCCUUAUUUCCUUCGCACUGUUCCCCCGGACAGUCUCCAGGCCUCGGCCAUCGCCGAUAUACUUUUGCGGUUCGAAUGGAAAUACAUUGGCCUGUAUUUUCAGCUGAACACCUACGGAAUUCACGGAGCCCAAAGCUUGCUGGACCUCGCCGAAAAGUAUGGCAUAUGUGUGGCGUUUUCCGUUGCGGUACGCCACCAAGCAAAAGCCACUGAGCUCCUCGACGCUGUCGGUAGCGAUGCCUGGGCAUUGCCUUCUCAUCUAAAGAGACAAGGUGUUGACGUUUCCCUUUUACAAGGUAGCCUCUUUGUCCAAAUAAGUUACACGCGCAUUCCUGGAUUUGAUUACGACCGGUUUAUACAGAUUGUAGAAUCUAGCACCCCAUGGUUAGUUGAGUGGAAGGCGGAACACAAUUGCUCCGACCUGAGCGAGUGCCCAAUCGCCAUAAAUACAAACGACAAUGUCGUUGUUGAUGCUGUCUACGCCUUCUCGUAUGCUCUCCAUAACAUGUUGCACGAUCGCUGUAGCAAUGGUACCAACUGUAACUCAAUUCAAACUCUUAGCGGACAAGAUUUGCUGCAGCACCUACUCAAUGUAAGAUUCGAGGGGCUGGCCGGGAACUACAGUUUUGACAGCAAUGGCGAUCCAAGCGGGAAUUACAAAAUAUUAAACUUUCAGAUUGUUGACAGCACCGUCAGAGCAAUUGAAGUCGGGCGAUGGAGCGCCUCCGCCGUAGAUCCACUUGAACUGAAUGUGAGCGCUGUGAGGUGGCCUGAGACAAGAGGCAAACCGGUCUCAAUUUGUCGGGAGGACUGUCAAAGCGGUUUCAUAGAGGUGCCUCUGGAGAAAAAAUGCUGCUUUGGUUGUCAACGAUGUCCAGAUGAAGCCAUUGUCAUUGACCAAGAGUGUAGGCGAUGUCCCGUGGACGAAUGGCCAGACAAGAAAUUCGAAGUCUGUCAACCCGUUAUACCGACCCCGCCAAGCUGGAGCGAGCCCACAGUCAUUGUCAUCAUAAUCCUGUCCGCCUUUGGACUAGUCCUGUCCCUUCUGGCAGCGUUCGGAAUCUACUACUACCGACGACACGUGUUGAUCAAAGCCGCCAGUCGUGAACUGAGCAGCAUUAACAUCUUAGGACUCACGUUGGCCUUCCUAGCUCCCUUUCCACUGCUCGCUCAGGUGACUGACGCCUCAUGCCGUGUGUCUGAGAUCAUUAUCACCGUGUGCUUCACUCUGACCUACGCACCAACUCUACUGAAAGUCAACCGCAUCUACAGGAUCUUCGACACCGGGAAGAAGUCUAACAAGCGCCCUCGCUUUGUCGGUCCUCGACCUCAGCUAAUUCCUCCGACCGGGUACAUCGAGGCUUACUGUGCGUUUGGCUUUGGCUCGUUGGUGUCCGCCCUGUUCAAUCUCCUCUUGGUCUUGGCCUGCUGCUACUACGCUUUCAAGGCUCGCAGGGUGCCCAGCAACUACAACGAGUCGAAGUUCAUCGCUAUCAGCGUGUACUCUACGCUGGUCUUCGGCAUGGCGGCCGUCCCCGUCUACAUCACGGCCACUACCGUUCUGCAGAAGGUUGCGACACUGUGCGUGGCCAUACUGCUCAAUGCCGUCUUGACCCUGCUCUGCGUCUACCUGCCCAAACUAUACGCCAUUCGCUUCCAGGUGGACGUCCAACUUUGCGAGUGGCGGAGCUCCGCAGUCGCUCCAGCUGACACUGGGUCGGCAACAUCAGCAGCUCGGUCUGGCAUACAGCCAACUAGUAUCUUACCAACAGUUCACUUAGGCACCUAA